CAACACACACAUUCACGACCGCCCAUGCCGCCACCUAGCGAAGCCACGACUAGUGCACUGGCCGCACAGUCACUUCCUCCUCUGACCCCGAUAGACGUCUCAAGAGCAAGUGAGGUCCAGCCGCCAGUCAAGCGCAUACAGACAGAGGAAGACCUGGCUGCCUGGAAGGGCUCUGAGGCUCAUCGCCAGGUGUCCCUCUUCGUUGCGAGACUAGGAGAGGCAGCGGUUGGCAAGGAGACCCAGUGGCCAGCAAAGAGGGGAGAGCAAGCAUUGUCGGGUGUCCAAGCGGUCAUUGCGCUGCUUGAGACACUCGAUACGUGGACGCAUGAGAUUGAGCCAAAGAAGACUCCGCAGCGAUUCGGCAACACGGCAUUCAGAGAUUGGGGAGCUAGGCUCGAGGAGCGCAGCGAAGAUCUGCAUCGCAGCCUUCUCUCGUCCCAUCCACAUCUUCACGCAUUCGUACCCGAGCUCACGGCAUACCUCUCAGAUUCUUUCGGCUCCUUUGUCCGCAUCGACUACGGCUCAGGACACGAAGUCAACUUCCUCGCCUGGCUUGCCUACCUGAGUCGGCUUGGCUUCUUCCACCAGUCCUCCGCUGCCUCAUCAUCGACAUCAUCAUCGAACGAGCCUGUUGCACCGACGCCCGUAGAAGAACAGCUCGCUCUGCGCGUCUUCCCUCUGUAUCUGCAGGUAGUUUGGGGACUGCAAGAUCGCUAUGCCUUGGAGCCCGCAGGCAGCCACGGAGUCUGGGGUCUCGACGAUUAUCAAUUCGUUCCCUACAUCAUCGGAGCAGCACAGCUACGCCUCGAGCUGGCGUACAAGCCUUCCAGCUUUUCCCAGCCAUCCCACAAACCACCUCGCCGCCUUAAAGCCGCCGAGCUCCUUACUUUCCUCCCCACCUCAUCAUCGCGCGAUUUAUCUUCGCCACCGCCAUAUCCUAACCUCUUCACAAGCUCAAUAGCCCGCAUUCACUCCCUCAAGACUGGACCGUUCUUUGAGCAUUCACCCUUGCUGAGCGACAUUGCCUCGAGCGUACCGAACUGGAAAAAAGUGCACGGAGGCAUGGUCAAGAUGUGGGAUAAUGAGGUCAUGGGAAAGAGACCAGUGGUACAACAUUUCGUUUUUGGAGCGGUUGGAUAUACUUGGGAGGGAAACGCCAGAGCGACUGGGCCAGAGGGCGCCAAGACGACGAAGCCGGUAGCAGGUGGGGUGCCUGCGAUGACGGCAACGAUGGCGCCAACGGCUGCUCCUAGUCGCUCCAUGCCGCCACCGAUAAUGGCGCCGUGGGCUCGGGGAGGAGCAACAGGCAUGCCUGCUGCGUCGCCGGCGCCGUCAUCAUCAUUAGGUCCGCGAGUCGCAGCAGAAAGAGUAACGGGCGAGGCGGCUCGAACCCCCACUGGCAUGCCGCCGGUCACGAAGGCGCCGUGGGCAAAGUAGAUUUCUUCAAUACCCAACACGAUUUCUCCCAGAGCUUGUGACGUUCUUCACUGCCUCUUAUUGCAUACUUGCUUGCUUGCUUUACUGUUCUGUCAAACCUUGACUCGGCCAUCUCAUCUGGUGCUGCGCGAG